AUGUCAACCUCAUGGCAGAAGUCUCCAAGUCUUGGACGUUUCACCGGUUCGCCUUUCGCGAGCACAGUGAUUAAUACACUGACAUCAGCAACGAGUCCGCUCCUCGACGACGACGAAACUAGUGAUGCCAUCGAGGAAUCACUUCAACCCGACGAACCUACGCCUCAGCAGACCGAGACGUACAAUGAGUUUUGCCGAUCUAUUCUUGAAGUCUGCAAGACCCGAGUGACGAGCGCAUGGGACUCUCACACUUUCACCUUCAGUGCACAGAACGAUUCAUGGGACCAUUCCUGGACUGGGCGUACGGGGAUCCCAUUGACGAAUUUUGAAACCCGCUGGGAUGCUCUGGAGAUCAUUCCACCCGUCACAGAGGCCGACGCAACCGCCCAAAAUUCUAUGAUCACGCGAACUGUCGGACCAUCAAGCACUGAGCCCUCUAUCGUCGACGAGAUGACAAGGAGUAUUCGCCAGAAACAUGUGUCUUCGAUGGCAGGGUUAUUUCUCAAGACCUGUCCCGGGGAUGAGAAUCGUGGCUGGGGCCCUUUGGUGCAUGGCAUGCUCUCACGCGCAGCAGAUGGGGCUCUUCCAUCGAAUGAGCUUGAGGAGAUUGCUGGUAUGAUUUGUUUCCGGUGGGAAUCAGCGUUGAUCGCGGAUUACCUGGUUGAGACAUUCAACCUUCCAAAGCCUGGCGGACAGAUCUGUAUCCUAUGGGAUAGUCGGCCUUGGCGGUUGGAAGUUGGAAAUUACCCCCUGCACAAUAUGAUUUUUGACAAACUCGUCGCAAAGGAUUUUCCGCCAUUCCCAGCAGAGAACCAAGGCCCCCCCUUUCAACGAUUCUUAUUCUAUAUGGCGGCAGCGGUUGCGCUUAAAGACCUCCCGGAACCUUCUACUAUUCACCUGAUAGACCAGUUGACCCUCUUUAUGACCAAGGCAAAAGAAUUCCAGGAGCAACGCGCUAUGUCGGAUCGUUCUACACUUGAGCGAGCUCAACUAUGGUUUAAGGCCCUUGGGAGAAGGAUGAAGUCGUCAUAG